UACCGCCUGCCAUGUCAGCGUGCAGCACGUGCGCUUAGCAACGUUACAGCACCAGUAUUUAACAUGGCUGAUCACUCUGAUAGUUCUGAACCGGAAUCGGUGGAAAUAACAAUCCGCCUAGCGCGUCCUGAAGACAUGAAGAUUGUCCAUGAAAUGAUACAAGAAUUGGCUGUAUAUGAAGGAGUUCCCGACGGUCCCAAACUAACAGUGGCGGAUCUGGUGGAAGAUGGUUUCAACAGUGAACACCCCUGGUUCUUCGUGCUGUUGGCCGAGAAAGGCGACGUAGUGCUGGGGUCGGCGCUCUGCAACCGCGCGUAUUCAAGCUGGUCUCGCCGCGCCUUUUACAUCGAGGAUCUGUUCGUGCGGCCAGCGGCGCGCCGCCAGGGCAUCGGUCUUAUGCUCAUGCGGGAGCUUAGUCGGCGGGCGGUGCUCGAAGGCGUGAACCGUAUAGACUGGCAUGUGUUGAAGAGCAACACCAGCGCGUUGGCGUUCUACAACCGGCUGGGUGCACGCGAUCUGCGCGUCACCGAGGGUCGCACGGCGCUGCGCCUGGACCGCGACUGCAUCGACGCUCUCGCUUCAGGAAGCUAAAGUAUCUAUUAAUACCUACUACAAUACUAAUUUCAC